CAUCUCAGCUGUGGCGUCGUCAUGCCCCCAUAAUGACAUGUACAUGGUAACAUUAGUUUUACGGUCUGAGGUUAGGCAAGGGCGGACUCAGCCCAAACCAACAUAUGCGCUGAAGAAACCAACAGAUGAAGUAUCAGUAAUCGGAUGGCUGCUGUCGGGUUGUGGUGUGUUACGAUGGUUCCUAUGCUGUUCUUCAUUCAAGCCAUCAAUGGCCUGAAGAACGGCUAUGUGAGGGAGUUGAACUAUAUGUGUAAACCACGACCAAAGGCAGGAUUAAUGGCCGUGCCUUGGGACUGCAAUGGAUUUGUGCAGUGUAACCAUUAUUUUGCAAUAUGGACAAACUGUGCCACCAGCUUAGUGUUUGACCCUGUGCAACAGACCUGUGUGUCCCCUCCCGUCUCAGGACCAUGCAGAUAUCCAGAAGAGAGAGCUAAAAUGUUCUGCCCUGGAAUGCCUGGGCUGAAGUUCCUCCACCCCAAGAGCUGCGCCAUGUUCUACGACUGUAGCCAAGUGGUACCCCAGUUUGGUCUCGGCCUGUAUGAGAACGAGUGCAAAUAUCCCAUGCUGUUUGACAAAUAUGAACUCGUGUGCAAGGAGCCAGAGAAUGCUAAAUGCGGAGACAGUCCCAGGACUCGUGAUAAAUGCUCCUACCAGCUGGAGUGUUUGGACGAGGCGUGUAGAGGUCUUCCCGACGGCAAGAACCCUGUGGUGGGAAAACUCUUCCUCCCGGAGUAUCUGGAGUGCGCCUCCCAGCUCGUGGUGUCCCGAUCUGCCUGCACUGGGAGCAUGGUGUUUGACCCGGUCGACCUUCAGUGCUCAGAGGAUGUCAAAGCGUCGAUCACCAAGAUAUGCGAGCGGCUCCCGGGUCUGAAGUUCCCUGCGUCUACGAGCUGCUCCAAGUACUACGACUGCAGCACCGUCUCCUGGAACUCCGCCCUCGACCCCUACCAGAGGGAGUGUCCGUACUUCCAGCUGUGGGACCCCAUCACCUUCACCUGCAGCCAAUACACCAGUGUCACCUGUGACGGCAGGUUCCAGCCCAAGGCGCCAUGUGACUACACAGUCGGGCAGUGUGCCACGGGCACCUGCAUUCCGUGUGAGGCCACGUGUGUCGGAGCCAUGGAUGGGAAACUCGCCUUUCCAGGCAACAACAAGAAAUACAUUGAAUGCAAGGACGAACGGACAAUCAGCAUCGACAACUGUGCCGGGAACUACGUCUUCUGGGAGGCCAGAGGGGCGUGCGUGGACCCAAGCAUCGUGCCAUUGACGACGACGAUCAUGACGACAACUUCUGAGGAAGCCACAACUGUUUCUGCUGCCACAACCAGUACUACUGCAACGACAACGACUACUACAACAACUGAGGCAACAACAGCUCCUACCACGACUGUUACCACGGAAACUACAACUACAACUACAACCACGGCUGCGCCAUCAACGACAGUUACUACUACAAUUACCACAACUACACCUACUGCAUCUCAAACAACUACAUCGAUGACGACACCAACGUGUACCACCAACGACUGUAUCAGAGACAAUAGGAUAGCAGCGCUGGAAGAUUUCAAACGGAAAACGGAGUUAGCCAACAAAUACUGUUUUCCUCCCCCAAGCGACCAAUCAAACAGAAUUGUCUCCCUUUCCUAUUCUGCGGGUGUCACAAGAGCCUCCUACGCAUGCUCCACCGGAUAUUCAAUAUGUGGAGUUGCUGCCAUUGGGACAUGCAAGGGGGACCAGUGGAAACAACCCCCUAGCCGGUGUGUAAGGAAUGUGUGGGGCCCGCCGAUGACUGUCUCUGACGUCCAGGUAGGAUGCCCUCUGACCCCCUGGUCCAGGAUUCAGGUGGUUGGUGUCCUCGGCAGCUUCAACUCCACGAGCUUUAAUCUGAUGAAGGAGAAUGACUCACUUCUUGAGGUGACCUUCACCUUCGUGGAUUCAACGCCACCUUGCCGCGUGGAGGUCAGUCGCACGGCAGCUUCAAGUACUGUUUUUGAGGGGUCAAAGGAAGUUGACCUUUAUCCUGGCGAUGACCUUGACCUAAACGUGCGGUUGGGAAUGAAUGAAUAUUUUGUGUUUAUUAAUGACAUAAACAUAGCAACUGUACCCUACGUUGACCAACCGACCACAGCUGACCGCAUCGUGGUGGACAGCGGAUUGCAGCUGGGCAGUAGACUAGAGAUAUCCAACUCAAACCUUCUGCAGCUGGAAACGGACGGCACCACCGCCAUCGACCUCUCAACCAAAGGCUACAUCGUCGACGGCAACUUCUUCACCUUCGGAGUCGAGGCAUGUGAAGACGUCACCGUCACCUUCAGCCUGUCGUCGUCAGACUUCGAUACCAUCACCAUCAACCUCGGCAGCAACGGUAACACCGUCUCCACCGUCAGAGCUUGCAGCACAUGUACGGUGAUGACCAAGAGGCACAGUCCUCUUGUGUGUGGUCAGUCCAGGCAGUUCUGGGUUUCCCUGUACAGCAUCAACCCUGUGAAGGUCAAUGUUGGAACAGGUUUUGUGGACAAUCGUUGGGCCAAUCUGAUAUUCCAGGGUGCUGGUUACCGACCAACUAGUGACUUGGGAGAAGGUGUGUUUCAGAAAGUUACCGUUAUGUCAAACAAAGGCAAAGCACGAUGGAGUAUAUCUCAGCCGGACAUUGAGCGGUGUGGCUCGCCACUUCCGAUGCCGAACAGUAUUCCCCUUCUCCUGCCGGAAACUGCCGAGGUGCAGUAUCGGUGUUCGGAGGACUUCGCCUUUUGCGGAACCUCGGAUAAGAUGACUUGUGCCAAAGACAAUCUGUGGAAGGGGCUGAUGGGAACUUGCGUGAAAUCCGUUUAUAAGAAUAUUCAGAAGCCACUUCCCGGUCGGUCAGCCAUGUUGACGAUGAAAUGCAGGUUUUAUGAGAGUUCCGCCGUGUCGCUCCACCUGAUGAAAGGAUCUGAGAAAAUCACAAUCAAACUGAUUGACCUGGCAGGAGACAUGCAUCUUGUGAUGACUAUAUUUGAAGGAGGGUUCGGAAUGCACACUGUGAAGGGCGGGGUGGAGAUGAACGCUGUGAACACGCCCGGGGUGUCCUUCACGACAGGGGAGGAGAGACACGUCGUUAUUUACAACUCCGACACCGGCUUUAAGAUCUACGUGGACGGGCAGCUGGCGGGGACGUACAAUCACACGGACACGGCUUGGAAGAAGGUGAAAAUGGUGGAUGUAGACGGCUUCGAGAUGAUGAAGAUAGCGGAGGUGGCACCAACAGUGUCCGGGAUGCCGACCUGCUCACCCCCAACGCGGAAGGGCAACAGUACCGUGGUGGCGGAGGACCUCACCCUCGGGGCCAUGGCAGCGUACGAGUGUGUCCCUGACUUCAUCUUCUGUGGCGACACCCCCACCAUCACCUGCUCCAGCGACGGCAGCUGGAGCGGCGGGCAGGGGUCAUGUGUCCAGACCAGAUGGUUGGUCAACAAGGUUUUCAACGAGGAAGAGAUGACGUUCAGGAUCCCCCUGUGUCUCUACACCAACUCAGGGACGGUGACGGUCAAGGUCCAGCUAGAACUCAAGGGAGGCCCGUUCUACUUGGAGCUCCGGCCACACCACGCUGGCUAUGACCCCCACAGACUGGACAUCACGGAGGGGGUGGGGAACCUGAACGUCGCCGUCACCCCAGACGCGACUGCAACAGACAUCCCUUCUUCAGAUCUACUUGUGACAUUCACGUUUAAUAUUUCUGCAGAUCAAAUAACUUAUUCGCUGGGGACGACGGUCUUCAAGUCAGUACCCAUCACUUACUCCAACUUCGACACGCUAGCCAUUGGGAAGAAGGGCGUCCUACUACAAUCAGUAGACAUGCGCAGUUAAAACUGAUUGAAUUCUUCCUAUAAAUUAUUGUUUUGUAAAUAAUGUAUCAUGUUGGUUUCGCAAAUAACAAUAUAAAUCCCGAAGUUAUGUGGAAGAAAAUGAAGGGUUUUAAACACAAAUGUUCAAAUUUGUAACAAUACAGGGGAAAGCCGGCAGCGGUUCAACAAUUAAUGGUCUUGUGUUCUCGUUAUUUCACUGGCAAGUCUAAAGGCCUGCAAUGCGCCGUGCCUCGGUGUGUUCCUAAACCAUUCCCUUAUCCUUGGGUUCGUAUCCAAGGCUGGCCUUAAAGAUGAUCCUUGGUUUGUCAGCACCAUACCCAAACUGUACGAUUUCACCCAUACUGUACGAUUUCACCCAUUCUGUACGAUUUUCACCCAAGCGGUAAAUGUCUACGAUUUAAGACCUUUUUGGCUUGCCCCGUACUUAAGGCUAAAACUUUAAGCUAAAACGCACAUACGAGAACACACUUCUCCAAAUUUUACUGUCAUUGUGUACACUAGAGGAAAUGGUUAUCCGGUUUUAGAUACUACUCAAAACAAGUUAAAGAACACCCGAUUCUUUCAUAUCACCGUAGUUAAUCUGUCAUGACAUGACACACUUACGAUGGUCAUUUGAAAGAUUAGUGUUCUUUAUCUUCUUUUGAGUAGUAUAUUAGAUAACAAUUGAACUUGUUUUAUUUUUUAUGUUAUAUUUAAGAUGAGCAUGACUGUCAGAUAGAAACUUGUUUCAAUUUGACAAGUGAUGUCGUACUGACAAUAGCUUUAAUGACGCACGGAAUACAGCCUAAACUCGUCCGUGCACCAGUAUGCUUGUGUAUGCUUGUAUAUAUGAGAUGCCAGUUUGUCCUAGCACUAGACUGUAGAAAUAUCGGAUGUAGGCUAUGUUGGCAGAGAAAACCAGAUUAUAUAUUGCGAUCAUCAGAAAAAUGAUACCAAAUAUUAUUCAUUCCCUUCCAGAAGAACCCUCCUUGUGUCUAACGUAGCGUAUGAUGGUUCUGUAUCGUGAUAGAGCGGUUCAUAUAACGGUAACGUAGCUUAUGGAGGUGCUGUAUCGUGACAUAACGGUUCAUAUAACGGUAACGUAGCUUAUGGAGGUGCUGUAUCGUGACAUAACGAUUCAUAUAACGGUAACGUAGCUUAUGGAGGUGCUGUAUCGUGACAUAACGAUUCAUAUAACGGUAACGUAGCUUAUUGAGGUGCAAUACCAUGAUAUAACAAUGCCGUUGGAUAUUGUUCACAUUGUAGCUAUGCCGUUAUGAACAGUGAUUCGGUGUGAUAAUCUUACGCUUACAGGCCAACCGUAUUGGCAGGCCUGGCAAGUUGGUCCAAUUUGGAGCCAAUUCAAAUUUUAUGACUCACUACUUACACUGCACGUUGUCUCAUCUUGACACAGGUCACACUAUUUUACAGUCUGAACGUUGGCUGUAAAAUUAUCAAAGACCCCGUGGAGCCCAGUCUACCAUUAAAACUGUUUGAAAUAAAUGCAUCCACCUCGAACAUUAGUCAUGGGGCGCGUUGCAAGCCACGAAGCGCUUAGAGAAAGCAAAUUAAUCGCUCACCCGGGGGUCUGCAACAGUUCGAAGCGCUUGCCCACUCUUCCAAAAUGGCGGCGCAACUACCGCUUGGUUACCUUGCCCUAAUGAAGAACGUAAUAGUAGAGGCUUGAUGACGAGCUGAUGAAAUUUAUGACUGCUUUGAAGAUGUGGAGCAGACUGAUGAUGAUGGGGUGUUAGCUGCCUUUGCUCAUUUCCCCGUUGAUCAAGUCAAGAAUUUCUUGUUCCGCUGUCAAAGUCAGCCGCCAUUUUGGUUUGAGAAGGAAGCGACCUCGGCCAGCGAUUCUUUCGCUUGCAAGCGCCUGAAAGUUAGCGCACUGUUUUAAGGUGAAUCGCUGUACAUCGCUUGCAAGCGAUUGGCGCUUUGCAACGCACCCCUGGUCGAAAUGCUGAAAAAACCGUUGAAGCUUUCGAUGUCACCAAUUGGCUAUGUGAGAUCACAGUGACGUCAUAAUAUUGUACAAUGACGUUAUAAUGACGUGUUAUAAAAUGCUAUUUCCCCCACGUGAAAAUGCCCAUGUUAUUUCACUGAACUAUCUGCAUAUUUCCAUGACAUUUCGAGCGAUUGUAGUCUGGGGAAGUGUAUACACAAUUGACAGUGGAAGUAUUUUUUGUGGUACAAAUUCACAGAAUAAACAA